ACAACAGUGGAUGAAUUCUGCAAGUCUCUUGGCAUGGAUCAGCUGGCGCUGGCCAGGACUUUACUGAAUGUUGAUCAAAAAACACGGCUAGACAUGCUGAGAGAGUUCUAUUCAAAGAAACAUCCACAGAUGAUAGACACCUUGAAAACAUUAUUUAGCAUGAGAACAAGCAGGUAU